GCCUAAGAAAUAAUAAUACUGGUGGUAGAUUUUUUUGUGUGGAGCGUUUAACUUGCCUCAAAAAUAAGUUCGCUGGUGGUAGUUUUUUGUAUGGACAGUUUAGCCUGCUUCAAAAACAAGUCCGGUGGUGGUAGUUUUUUGUGAGGAGUAUUUAACCUGCUUCAUAAACAAGUCUGCUGGUGGUAGAUUUUUGUGUGGAGUGUUUAUCCUGCUUCAAUAAUAAGUCCGCUGGUGGUAGUUUUUUGUGUGGAGUGUUGCCUCAAAAACGAGUUUGGUGGUGUUAAUCUUUGAGUAGAGCUUUUAACUGUUCUAGGAUCAUGUCUAUGUGGGACAGUCUGUGCUCUAUCGCUCUUUUCUCCAGGGACUUUACAGCAUUGUGUGUGAAAUUGAUAUGGAUUUUUUGUUUUGAAACAGUUCGAUCUCUUUUGCCUAGGCGGAAAAAAGAUCUGAGAGAUGAAAUCAUUCUCAUCACAGGUAGCGCUCAAGGGAUAGGCCGGGAGUUGGCCAUAAAAUCAGCAGAGUUAGGUGCUAAAGUUGUCUUGUGGGACAUUAAUGAGGAAAAAGUGCAAAACGUUGCAACAGAAAUAACAUCAAAGGGAGGAUGGGCGAAGUGGUACAGAUGUGAUGUUACAUCAGAAGAAGACGUUAAUGAAAAAGCGAAGUUGGUCCUUCAGAAUGUUGGAGAUGUCUAUAUAUUGUUGAACAACGCUGGUCUGAUGCAAAAUGUGCCUUUCUUGCAGCUUGACAGUGCCAAAAUAAGAAAAACAUUCGAAAUAAAUAUUAUAGCACAUAUCUGGACCAUAAGAGCUUUUCUUCCAAACAUGAUAAAGAAGAACAGAGGGCAUGUGGUUGCUAUAUCGUCUGCAGCAGGACUGAUGGGACACGUCAAUCAAAGUGAUUACUCAGCCUCGAAGUUUGCAGUAGUGGGAUUGAUGGAAGCCUUGUCUGAAGAAAUGAGGACUGAAGGGCAUGAUAUUCGAUUCACCACUGUUUGUCCCCUCACUGUGGAUACGGGAAUGAAUCAGAAUCCAAUUGCUAAAUAUCCUAUUUUAACGCCCAUUCUCAGCAUCCAAAAAGCCGCAGAGGAAAUUUUGCAUGCCAUCAGAACAGAAGAAUUUAUUGCUGCGUUGCCACGCCGAGUGUAUUGCUUCAUUAUUGGAUCGAAAUUAUUUCCAAGAAAAUGCUUUUGUGAAAUUAUGGAUUUCGUGGACUACUGUCGAAUGGCCAACGUUGCUUCUGAAAACUCGAAAACAAACAACGAUUCGACGCUGAAGUGAAUGAAGACCAAAAAAGUAUUUAAGCAGAGUUUCCCGAAAUCAUCAAUAACGUCACUAUCUUCGAAUUACAAAGAAGAAAUAUGGUACUGUGUCAAGAAAAAAAAAAAAAGAAAAGAAAAACUAAGCAACUGUUUUUUUUUUCCAUUUGGAGGCAGGAGAACAUAAGUGCAGUGUGAAUCCGUUAUCAAUCCAUCUCGCUUUGUACUUUUCAAAAUUAAAUUAAAAUACCAUCACUUUUAUUUUUUUAAUUUAAUAAUAAUCAAGUACAUAACUCUGAAAAUUCGAACUAAUUAGGGCCAUAGAUAGUUCAGAUUUUCGAAAAUAACCAAUUAAAUAAUGUUCAGGAAAAUAGUAUUCUAUUUGAUGGAUAAAAGUGGCUUAUUCCAGCGAUUCUCAACUGGUGGUCCGGAGGACCAGCAAAGGCAAGGUAAAAUAAUUGAUCAGUCCGCAGUAAUUUUUGCUCGCCCACGUCACAAAAAUUUUCCUUAGUAAAAAAACCAAAAAAAAAAAAAAAAAAAAACUCACGAUAAUUUAAAAAAAAAAAUGGUAUAGUUCAUUAUUUAUGAGAAUUUUGUAAUAAUUUUCAUAGUUUUCUAUGAAUUUUCUUCAAUGUUUUUUACUUAUGUAUAAUUAUUACAAUAAUUACUUAUUUUUUCUUAUCAUUUAAAUAUUUUUCGUUACUUCUUUAAACACCAAGUAAAGUUUAAUUUACAUAGUAUUUACUAAUUCAUUUAUUAUUAUUUUUAUUUCGUAAAAAAAGAAAAAAAAAAUCUUAACCGUUCGCAAAUUUUUUUUUCACAAGGCCUCGAGUCAAAAACAUUCUAAAAAAAAAAAAA